AUGGACGCGUCUCUAGUCACAGAAUACGCCUCAACACUUUUGCGCAACAAGCCGUGGCUUGCUGCUGCCCUGCUGGCGUUUGGGACGUUCAGCGUUGCUCGAAUGCUCUAUCAGACCUUGUCCGUCCUGCUUCAGAUCUUCGUCCUUCCUGGAAAGAAUCUGCAGAAGUUUGGCGCGCGAAAAGGCGCUUGGGCAGUCAUCACCGGCGCUACUGACGGAAUCGGGAAGGAAUUUGCUCUCCAGCUCGCGAGGGCAGGAUUCAACAUCCUUUUGGUUGCGAGGAAUAAAGAUCUGCUCUCGGAAACUGCCGCGGAAAUCGAGUCGAAAUACAAAGUCCAGACUGCCACCCAUUCAAUCGACUUCGCCAAGGCAGAUGAGACCGAGUACGCCUCGUUCUCCAGUGCUGUUGAGGGACGUGAUAUUGGAGUCUUGGUCAACAAUGUUGGCAAGUCGCAUGCGAUGCCCGUCUACUUCAUCGAUACUCCGAAAGAUGAGGUGAAGGAUAUCGUUUCCAUCAACGUGAAUGCGACUCUACGGGUUACCUAUGCCGUCUUACCUGGCAUGGUUCAACGCAAGCGUGGCUUGAUCCUUAACAUUGGAUCAUUCGCUGGUUCAGUUGCAUCUCCCAUGCUCGCGACUUACUCCGGCACAAAAGCUUUCUUAUCAACAUUCUCGGAUGCUCUGGGUGAAGAAGUGAAGAAGGACAACGUCAUCGUUGAGCAUGUCAACACGUACUUUGUGGUCUCCAAGCUAUCUAAAAUCCGCAAGGCAUCUGUGAUGAUCCCGAAUCCCGCUCCCUUCGUCCGGUCAGUUCUCAGUAAGAUUGGCCUGGCAUGUGGCGCUGGUUACAGCGGUCGUCCCAACACCUCCACACCCUUCUGGUCGCAUGGACUCCUUGAUUAUCUUAUUACCUUUGUUGGUAUCCCGAGCUUGUUCAUCAGCUACACCCACGGGCUUCACAAAUCCAUUCGCAAGCGCGCGUUGAAGAAGGCCGAGCGAGAGGCAAAAGCCCAGUGA